AUGGACUACAACCAGCAUCACCACCCGUCAAACUCAAUUGACAACGCCGCAUAUCCCGGGGAUUCUAGCUACUCACCCGGCGGCCACCCCUCCAACUCCAUCAGCAAUGCCGCCUACCCUUCAGACUCGUCCUACCGGCCGUCAGACCCGACGAUGCCCACAGACGACAAGCUCGCCAUGCCCAACGCCCGUUACUCCCAAUCCUAUAAUAACAAUAACAACGCCGGCACCGGCGCCACCAACACCAGCAGCAGUAGACAAUCACAAACGCAGUUCCCGCCUUAUCCAACAAAUGCUCCAGCACCUUUCCAGCAGCAAUCAACGGGUUGGAACCAGCCGCCGAACCACGACCCCCUGCUGGGCCCAUACUCUCCUUCCCGUGGGCCGAUAGCACCGUGGACCCCGGAUGGAAUGUCCGCCGCGAACCCAAACCUCCCACCGCCGCCGCCGUACGACCCCUCGAGGCCUGGCACAGGAACAGGCCCCUCGACACCCCGCGACUCGAUAUCACCAAACCCCUCUGAGAGCGCCCUCCUCAGCGGACAGCAGCAGCAGCAGCAGCAGAAUGCGGCGCACGCCCCGCGACCUCAGAGCAACUACACCAGUACCCCACAACAAGCUCCUGCGCCGGUGGCCGCUCACGUCGCCGAUGCGGCGCCGGGACAAGGGGAACGGGGCGGGCCGCGCACGUAUUUGCAAUCGAUGACGGGCGGGAUGCCGGCGUACGGCAACAGUCCUGGACAGCUCGGUCCGGUGGCGCAGGCGAGGAAGAGAAGAAAGAUGAAGCUCGGCAUUCUUGCCGGUGUGCUCUGUGCUGUCUUGGUGUUCCUGGUCGCGUUGAUUGUGGGCGUGCUAGUCGGCAUCGUCAAGGUCAACCAGAAAAAUGAUAAGCGGCCUCCGUUUCAGGGACCGCCGAGUCUCUUUUAG